GGAAGGAAAGCGAGCAGCAGGGGGAGAAGAGAGGCCACGGUCCGAGCUGAGAGGGAGGGAGAGAGAGAAGAGAGCGGUGGGAGGACACGGUCAGGGCUCCACGUCCUGCUUCUCCUCCUCGGUGCGCACACGGGGGUGGCGAAGAGCCAGGGCGGCGAAGCAGGUUGCUGAAUUCCUCCACCUUUACCCCCGUUUUGUUUCUUCUUUCUUCCUCGGAGCGGACGCAGAACGAAGCCUGGGACUAUGGAGGAUGUGUACCCCUACAGCCGCAGCCCAGUCUGGGAGGAACUGGAGCCGGAGAAAGGGGCGGUGUCGUCCGGCGCGGGGGUGCAUGCCCAUGUGGUGGGCGCUGUCGCCGGCAGCGGGGCGGCGGACGAGUCUUCCGACAGCGAGGCAGAGCAGGAAGGCCCCCAGAAGCUGAUCCGGAAAGUGUCCACCUCUGGACAGAUCAGGAGCAAGGUAAGAAACAUCUGCCUAGAUAUUUGAACGUCCUCUCUGUAUGUA